GUACCUGAGCGAGACGCGCAGCAGAAAGCCCACGUUGGCGGCGGCCGGGAGCGCAGCGCGCAGAGGCGGGAGACUGCGAAUUCCCGAGCCGACGCCGCAGCCUCCGCUCCGCGCUCGGCUCCUCUCCUCUCCCAUCGCCUCGGAGAGCGGGAUCCUCCGGGUACCCUAGGAGACGGCCGAGCGGGGAAAGCUCGAUCCCGGCCGCCUCCAUUCGGAGAGGCGCGCGGAGAUUCCGAGGGGGAGCGACGGUGCCCGAGGGCGGAGGGGCGCUGAGUUUCGGGCCAGAGAGAAGUUGAAGCCGGGAGGAGGAGGAGAAGGAGGAGAUCGGCUGCUCAGGACGCGGGGUCGCCACAGCCCGGGACCCUCCGCGGAGCAGACUUCACGACCGUCCUCCAAGCCAGGAGGGGCGUGCGCAGGGAUGGUGGCCGGCAUCGCCCCCAUCUCCUGAACUGUCGCCAGCGUCCUGCGAGGGCACAGGGCAGUGCACGCGUGCAGACGGCGAGUGACCGCGCCGUGACCCGCUCGGGGGCGCCAGCUGCAGCGCGGUCCUGCCGAUUAGGGACACACCUGGCUCAAGCCGCGCGCGCGCGCCCGCCCCCGGAGACCUGCCGCCGCCCCGCCGCCGCCUCUCCUCCGCCCGGGCUCGUGCUGGUGGUGGUGGUGGUGGGGGCGCCACGGAUGACCAUGAGAGAUAAGGACUGAGCGCCAGGAACGGGAAAGAGAGGCCGCCGAGAGGUGGCGGGGGCCGCCCGCUCCGAGGGCCACAGCUCCGCCGCUCGACGCCUCCCGGGGCCCGCGGGGGGCCCUCCGGGCCGGGCGGGGAUGCCCGGGCUGGGGCGGAGGGCGCAGUGGCUGUGCUGGUGGUGGGGGUUGCUGUGCAGCUGCGGCCCCCCGCCGCUCCGGCCGCCCCUGUCGCUAGCCUCGGCGGCCGCCUCCGCCGCCGCCGGGGGGCAGCUGCUGGGAACCGGCGGGAGCCCGGGGCGCCCCGAGCAGCCGCCAGCGCCGCCGCAGUCGUCUCCCUCGGGCUUCCUGUACCGGCGCCUCAAGACUCACGAGAAGCGGGAGAUGCAGAAGGAGAUCCUGUCGGUGCUGGGGCUCCCGCACAGGCCGCGGCCCCUGCACGGCCUCCCGCAGCCGCAGCCUCCCGCGCUCCCGCAGCAGCAGCAGCAGCAGCAGCAGCAGCAGCAGCAGGCGGCCCGCGAGGAGCCCCCUCCGGGGCGCUUGAAGUCCGCUCCGCUCUUCAUGCUGGAUCUCUACAACGCCCUGUCCGCCGCCGCCGAAGACGACGAGGACGGAGCGGCCGGGGGGGACCCGCGGGGGCCCGGGCCCCACGGAGGGGCCAGCCCGUCCCGCUUCGGACAGCCGGCUCCCGGCGCCGCGCACUCCCUGAACCGCAAGGGCCUCCUGGCCCCGGGAGCCGGCGGCGGCGCGUCCCCGCUGACCAGCGCGCAGGACAGCGCUUUCCUCAACGACGCCGACAUGGUCAUGAGCUUUGUGAACCUGGUGGAGUACGACAAGGAGUUCUCCCCUCGCCAGCAGCACCACAAAGAGUUCAAGUUCAACCUAUCCCAGAUCCCCGAGGGUGAGGCGGUGACGGCUGCAGAGUUCCGCGUCUACAAGGACUGUGUUGUGGGGAGCUUUAAAAACCAAACUUUUCUUAUCAGCGUUUAUCAAGUCUUACAGGAGCAUCCGCACAGAGACUCUGACCUAUUUCUGUUGGACACCCGUGUCGUGUGGGCAUCGGAGGAAGGCUGGCUGGAAUUUGACAUCACAGCCACCAGCAAUCUGUGGGUAGUGACACCGCAGCACAACAUGGGACUCCAGCUGAGUGUGGUGACGCGGGACGGGCUUCACGUCAACCCCCGCGCGGCGGGCCUGGUGGGCAGAGACGGUCCUUACGACAAGCAGCCCUUCAUGGUGGCCUUCUUCAAGGUGAGCGAGGUCCACGUGCGUACCACCAGGUCAGCCUCCGGUCGGCGCCGGCAGCAGAGCCGCAACCGCUCCACCCCGUCGCAGGAUGUGUCCCGGGGCUCCAGUGCUUCAGACUACAACAGCAGUGAAUUAAAAACAGCCUGCAAAAAGCAUGAGCUUUACGUGAGCUUCCAGGACCUGGGAUGGCAGGACUGGAUCAUCGCGCCCAAAGGCUACGCUGCCAACUACUGUGACGGGGAGUGCUCCUUCCCGCUCAAUGCGCACAUGAACGCCACCAACCACGCCAUCGUGCAGACCCUGGUUCACCUCAUGAAUCCCGAGUACGUCCCCAAGCCGUGCUGUGCACCAACUAAGCUGAAUGCCAUCUCGGUUCUGUACUUUGACGAUAACUCCAACGUCAUCUUGAAGAAAUACAGGAACAUGGUUGUGAGAGCGUGUGGAUGCCAUUAAGUUGGAGCUAGCUGCAGGGGUGAUUUUGCCCUGGAUUCCUAACUACAUCUGCCUUAAAACCCACGAACAAGCACAGUGCCGCAGGGCGAGGACACUCCGGAAGCGUCUCCCGCUGGUGCCUUAGCCCAACGAGGAUUUUCUUUGCCGAUGACUUCCCCAGUUCACACCUGAGCAGUUGCUGGUCUGUAAGAAGCUGCGAUGCUUGCAGUACAGGCCGGAGAAAUGCAGACACAAUGCUCACCUCCCCCAGUCCCACCCAGAUUAGCUUUAGCUUUAGGAUCUAGCUGUUUGAGGUGUAAGCGGAGAAUAAGCUUGAAGGAAUAUUAAAUAUCCCCGGUCGAAAGACCAGAUGGCUCCGUAGCAGCUUCGCAGGGAGAUGCUGCAGGUGACAGCUGGAGGGCGGGGAAAGCUCUGUCAGAUUCCAUCCCCAGCAAGGCCAGCUCACACAGGACCUGCAGCCUGGCCAUCAGCAGGCUUGAGGAGGUGCCUUUUGCGUGCUGCUGCAGUUCCAUGUUUUGUGUUGAUGCUUGGUGGUAUGAAAAUGUACUGUAUUUGGUCCAAACAAACUGUAGCAUCUCCACACCCUCCUCCUCCCGUAAUAGCUGAAUUCUCAACUAGAACCCAAAGCAGAUGGACUGUACUUUGUGGCGGGGCCGUGGGGCACCUGCAGCAGCCUUCCUUUAAACCAUGCACCAGCACAGCGCGAUCCUGCAUCCUUAGGCAGACUGGCUCCACAGGCACGCUAGCAUCAGGAGCACUGGCUCCAGCACUGCGGCUGGCUCCUAUCGCUGCUCUCUGCUUUCCACACAGUAGCAUUCCAUGGCUCAGGGCUACAGCAGAAACCCACAGAGGAGACCCUGCCCCUUAGGAAUGGGUUUGUCGAGGUGAGCGCCCUGUUUGUGAACCAAAACUUCCUCUUGUAGAAAGUUAAGACUCAGAUUAAAUCUUAGGAUAUUUUUUAAAUGUCUUUUUCACAAUCAUGUACUGGGAAGCCAAUUUCAUACUAAACUGAUUAAAUAAUACAUUUACAAUCUGUAA